AUGUAUUUGGCGGAUUUGCGGGCUUCAGAGGGAAGUUCUCACACGCACUACAACCCUUUUUAUGAUCCAUCAAAACACGAAGGUCCACUGUUGCCGCCAGCAGCAGCUUUAGCUCCAACUCUGUGGCCUCAGUACCAUCUGCGGUGGGCUUGCCCAUUGGAAGCCCAAGCUGGAGAGCUUGAAGCUCAAUUUAGAAGCAUGGCUAAAAAAUUCUUUGAACUGCAGAAGGAAAAAGAAGUGGCGGAAAGGAAAGUGGAAGAAAUAACUGCAACCACAGAGUCCUUGGCAGCAGAGUUGCGAAAUGAGAAACACAACAGCAGCUUGGCCGUGGAUUUAGCAAAGAGAGCCAGCAAGGAAACUGCAUCCAUAAAGCGGGCAAUACAAUCACUGGGGUGCAAGGUUUACUUCUCAGGGGAUGGCAACUGCACUGUAGACAUUGAAAGCAACCCAGCAGAUAUUCCUCAGAAACUAAUGUAUUCUCCUUCCAAAAUAGCAUCUGAUGGUUCUGUGCAGAAUGAUGAGCAAUCAGAUGUCUCUGUCUCUGUUACUCUUAUGGCAGAUGAUGAUGUCUCCAACAAUCCAAUUAGUCGGGUGUGUGAAACUCUAUGCCCAUUACGCACCAGAGAUGGAGGAUGUAGGUGGCCUGAUGCUGGUUGCGCCCAAUUUGGCAGCCAAUUUGUUGGACUAAAGGCAAACUUUGAUGCAUUUGAUCAGCUUUCUAUAUAUGAUAGCUACUUCGAAUCCAAGUAA